GAUUUCCGAGGGGUCUUGAACGCGUUGCAGUUCCUCCAGUCAAAUGGAGCCAUAUGAGGUGAACCUGUAAACCAGUGCAGUCAGUGUAUGUGGAGCAGCUAACGGUGGCCUUGUCAUCGGACCAAAAUAUCAGCUAACCGAUAGCCUGGUUGCUGUUUAGCUGGGUUAUUUUAUCCCAUCUGCGGUGCUACAUUUAGCCGGCUAGCUGAGGGCGGCAGUAAAUCGAUGUUGCUUGUGGAGUGGCUGACGGAGUUUUUGUUAUGCAUAAUGUCGUCGAACCCGCACCGUUAUUUCUAGCUAGCACAGAAAGGCUAGGCUAGCCCGCUAAUAGCAGUCAGCAACGCGUGUCUAAUCGGUCUGUUGUCGCCGACAAAGUAUUCAAAUGGAGCAGUGGCAAGAUGUGGCCUCCCAACAGGUCAAGCUAAUCACUGCCCGACUCACUGAGCUAUUGUCCCGGGGUCUGCUCUGGCUUAAGACCGAGCUCGGUGUGGAUCUAGGGCUGAAUCCCGAGCUCAUUCCGCCAUGGGUGAUCCUCUUAGCCGCAUGCACCGGUUUGGUACUGAUGGUGGUUCUAUGGGCCUCUCUGUGUCGGGCUGCGUUCAAGAAACAACCCAUCAUUAAAGCCGCGGAAGAUUCUGUUGCCGAGGUUAAGCGAGCGACAAAAUCAGUCAAAGAUGAGCCGAAGAAAAAAAAGAAGAAAUCAGAGAAGAAAUCUCAGCCCAACGGGAGAGCAGCAGUGGAACCACAAGAGGAAGAAGCCGUAGUGCUAGAGGAGAUAGUGCCACAUCACCAUCAGCCGCCCCCUUCAGAAGUCAAGACCGAGAAGGCUGCCGAGGUAAAAAAAUCUAAGAAGAAGGCCAAACAAGCGGUCAAGGAGCCAGCUAAGAUUAUCACCACAGAUGGCAAAGAACCAGAAGAAGGCACAUGGGAGACUAAGGUCAGUAACAAGGAAAAACGUGAGCAGCGUAAAAAGGACAAAGGCUCCAGUGAUGGCUCCUCCAGUCCAGGGGGGGGUGAUUCUCGAGUUAUCACUGCCACAGAACAGCCGAAGUCCUCUCAAGCUGCACCACCUGCAAACCAAAAGAAGAAGAAAGGAGGAGAAGUUAAAUCAGAGAAGGUUGAGGGUGAAGUGCCCAAAGUUCCCAUGAAGACUGAACCAGCUGCUACCCAUGUCCCCAUAGCAGUGGUGACAAAAGUCCCUCCUCAGACUGUAGCUUCAAAGACUGUAAACUGGACAAAUCGGGAGCCUGUUUCAUUGUGGGGAUCUGAAAUGGCUCUUGAUGGAUCAUGGACGGUUAUUGAUCGCAGCAGUCUUGAAACCUUCACUGGACUCGGGGUGCCCAAUGCUGAGCACAAGUCCAUGAGUCAGCUGCCAUGGCUGAAUCAACCAGCUGUGGAUGAUGAGUGGUCUGGCAUCAAUGGUGGUGGUAUUGAUUACAACUCCGACUGGAAUGCUCCCUCUGAGGUUUGGGGUAACUAUGAAGAGCCUGCCUCUGAUCCUGUCCCAGUGGAGGAGCCCCCAGUCCCAGAACCAGACAAGAACAACCUACUCAUUGAGGCAGCUAAUGAUGAUAAUGAGAAGGAAAAAGAAGACAUCACUGGCGAUGGAGCAGCUAAAAGCAAAAGGAAGAAGAAAAAGAAGAAGAAGGCAGCUGAAGAGGGUGCCACCUCUGGACAGGGCGAUGAGCCAGACAGUCCCCUCCAGCAGUCCCCUCCAGUCCAGGAGAUGCCUGCCUUGGUCCAUACGGUCAAAGUAGCUGCUACUGAGGUGAAAGCUGAGCGAAAUAUGAAGGAGAAUGUAGUUCAGAAACCUCCAGUCACACAAGUGCCACAAAAGCCAGCAGACAUGGAGCCCACUGCCAAGAGUAACCUUGCUUCAACACAACAAACAAAACCUGAGGAGAGCCAAGCGCCCAAACCAGCGAAAAAGAAGAAAGCGAGACGGGAGACAUGAGACAGGACACUCUACAACAGACUCAAUAUCCUGUUUAUGCAACUCCUUUUGUGACAAAUUUUGAACUUACAGACUUGACAUUUGUCUGGAUUUUUUUUUUCUCGACUUGUUGAUUGAUCAGCCAAUCAGCCACCGGAUGUUCCUAAACUGAACCUAAAUGCAGUGCAAUCUAUCUUAACGCUGUGUUGCUGAUUUUUAAAUAUGACUUUGAUAUUCUUGAUUCCACCAUCUAAUCAAAAACUAUUAAACUGAUUGAAGGAGUUGUAUUGUAGUUGUACUUACAAUCUUGUCUAGAUAAUGUUGCAGUGUCAAAUGGUAACUCACAAUGUUUGCUAUCAGGAUGAAUCCAUUUGGGCACAAGUUUGUUUUUUGUUGACUUAAUGGUACAAAGGUUACCAGGACUUUUCUGGUUAAAAUUAACAUUUAUGUUAAUGCACUGAAUACACAAGCUGUACACUGUAAAGGGAACAGGAGAAUUGUAAUUAGGAAUGGCACAACACAAUUUCAAAUUUUAAUGUUACAAUUGUGAGAAGAAACAUCAUGUUUUAAUGAUCAAAAAUGAAUAAAAGUUGUGAUGUCUAUAAUUUGCUUUCCCCCCACCCACACUGUCUAAUUUGUUCAAAUUGCUCUUAUGAGAUUGAACUUUUAGAAAUCAUUAUACUAUAUUGAAACAUUUAUAACUGCAAUUAAGUUUUGACGUCUUUAUCUGUGCGUAAAUGUACUGGAAAACAUUUGUCCAAUUUGGUUGUACUACCUUCUCUUUGUUAAUUGGUGACUGUUUCAUAGCCAGGGAAGACCUUGUGAUCCUACAGUACAGUAAUUGUCCCAUUGUCAUCCACUGGUUGGUUCAAAAAGUCAGUCUUUUUUACAACCUGUUUAUAAUAAAAGAAAUGUGAAAGCCAUAUGUAAAAAGACCUAAUAAAAACUCUUUUU